AUGCGGCACCGCGCCGGCGACUCGGAAGAGAGCCCUGCCCUACUCGAGGCCUUACUCGGAGGUCCCCCACGUCCCGGCGUCCUGGGUGGCGCCCUGCGGCUAACGGCCGCAGCCGCGGGUUCUCGCGGACGGCGCCGCCGGCGCGUGGAGCGCGUCGGUUCUCAUGGUAGUUAUGCCACAGCACAGAAGGGGUUUUGGGCGAAAUACUGCAAAUGGUAUCCCAGCUACCAAGUCGUGGAUGAAUGUAAUCGAUUUGGGCGAUGUUUACGAGCUUGGGCCGCCCAAAACCUCCCCUUUCAAAAUGGGUUGAACGAUCGACCCAGACCGCUGGAGUUGAAUGAAGUAGCUGCAAAUCGUGUCGCUCAGAUGCGGACGCGAGCACGCCCUGAUGAUGUAAUCAGUAUUUCUAUCCUUGGGACAGGAAACUUGAGUGACGAGCCCGAUAUCAUCCAUCCUAUUGUGCGGGCGCAUCUGGUUGAUCCGACAUCUGGAAGGUAUCUUGUGCCAUCUACGAAAAGUAGUUGCCAGGGCGUUGGUGGGCUGACAACAUACCACGAGCAGGCCUCGGCUCUUCGAACGGAUUCUCUUAAAUAUGCAACGGGGGUAGAAGAGAUGGAUGUUCCCGUAGAACACGUGUUACCAAUUGCAACAGCGCCUUGUCAUCUACAGGGCCGGAGCAUUGCGCCUGUUUGGAAUGAAUCGUGUGUUAUCAACCUACCCUAUCGUGAUCUUCUCGACCCUAAUGUGCUUAUACUCUUCGAAAUUGUCGAUUUCAAUCACAUCCAAUCCCACUCAACACAUCGGGAGCACACUGAUGGGCUCUACGGGUUGGCUUGGGCAUACUUGCAACCUGUUGGCUUGCAUGGUGACGUCUAUGUCGGUACUCGUGGUUCCAUACCAAAGGGACAGAAGCUGACCGGAGCAACGGGCGCCGGUGACGACGAGGCGAAACUUUCCAUCCGGCUCCAACUGUACGACUAUAAAUCUCUAUCACCGUCAGCAAGAUACACGGCACUUGCCUCUGGUAUAUCAGCGCCUCCGGCUCCUGCGUCCCCACGUGUGCCAGCGGUCUACCUUCAAUAUCUUCGCAAGGGUCGUGCACGCUACCCAUCAACGCUUUUAGUGCGAAUCCAUCCCAUUUCACGCCCUCACGACCACGAGGUUAGCUAUCGUCCCACGCAACCCAACCAAAAGGAGGUCUCUGAUAUUUGUUCCGUGGCAUCACAGCCCAAAUCAGGUAUCGAUGCAAAGACUGCAGCAAGUCGUGGUAUGGCAGACGCGCGAUCUUUGCGGGCAACCUGCCGGCAGCGAUAUGCGUCCGAGGGUUGUGUGCUCCCUGAUCGGCUCCUCUGUCGUAUCCAUUCAGGAUCACAUGGUGCGCUAACGAUACAAUUUUCUCCAACUGGUCGUCUUCUUGCGGUCGCAUCUGUCGAGUCACUCGUUUGUCCUAUCCGGCUCUAUGAUGCAGCUGGUCACACCGACGGUGCUGGAAUACACCUGCCUUCUGCAGCCACUGCGUGUGCUGCAUAUGGCCUCCAGGUAGAUUGCGAUAAGGAAGGGGCGCUCCUCCUCGCUGAUCUUGACGGUCACCAUGGCUUGAUAUAUGAUUUGCGCUUCACAGCGGAUGAACGAUUUCUCCUCUCGGCAUCAGCAGAUGGUCUUGCCAAAAUUUGGGAUCUCGGGUCUCUAGCCGCGCUGCCUGAUCCAGUGCGACCAAGUCGAGCACCUCAGAUCCUCUGCAUCAUUCGGGAACCUUCUGGGCACUACAUUUACGCUGCUGCCUUCGUAGCCAUGGUCUCACGUUCCGGGGCUGUCGUGGAAUCUGUCGAGAAUCGGCCACCCGGCCCUGGCCAGGGGUGGGCGACCAGAAGACGGGAUGACAGCGAGGUGAACGCCACGCGCAACGUGGUAGGGCAUCAACAAAACCCAGACAUCAUUGCAAAAUUAUGUCCGCCUAUACUCACGGGCGCUUACAGUGGGGCUUUAGCGUACUGGGACCCGGGAACAGGGUCCUCACUUGGUCUCCUGGGUGGUGAGAUUGUUCAUGAUGGUCGUGUGCAUUGCAUCGAGGUUGAUCAACGUUCAGGCCGCAUCUACAGUGGUGAUUCAACUGGUGCCAUUAUUGUCUGGCGACGGAACGGCGAUGGAAACUGUGUCAGCCACUUUGUCAAAGCUCGUAAGAUUGAGCACGCAGAGUUUAAGUGCAAACCGAUCAUGUCUAUGCAGCUGCACCCAAAAUGUCGACGUGGCCAGCUCCUGGUCCAAGCACAAGCUUGUACGCUUAAGCUAUUUGAUCUGACAACAGCGCAACCAGUAGCUCACUACAAAGGCAAUGUUGUCAACACAGCAUUGAUACGAGCGAAAUUUAGUCCCGAUGGGAACAUCAUCAUGGCUGGCUCCGAAGAUGGGAAAGUAUACGCCUGGGAUACCAAGUCAACAACACCAAUUUUGUUGCCAAUGGCCCAUGUCGGAUAUAACGCACCUCUCUGUGACCUCACCUGGCACCCAACACAGCACGUUGUUGCGUACACGUGCUAUGGUGGUGAUCAUCCAAUACUUCUAUGUUUUUCCCAUCGACCCGAGAACCCCAGGUAUCUCCUUGAAAACUCCGCUUUGGGUGCAGUUUCUCAUCUAGAUGAGGAUCGUGCGGCAAAGCGCAAAGAACGCCUCCGGGAGCUUCAGAUGCGCCGCAGAGGCGACAGUGGCCUAGCGAUAUAGUAAGAGGAAAACCGGCCAUUAUCCCCCCCCCCCUUAGUCACAAGGUGCACGAUGGUCCUAAUCUAAGAGGUGUAUAUGC